CAGCAUGGCAGUGGCCUUUGAUGCAAUGCUGGCUCGGGUCAAGGAUGUUUGUAAAAGAAAUGGUUUGCUCAUUCUGUCAGUACUGUCUGUCAUAGUAGGAUGUCUUCUUGGAUUCUUCCUCAGGACCAGGCGGCUCUCUCAGCAGGAAAUUAGUUAUUUCCAAUUCCCUGGGGAGUUAUUGAUGAGGAUGCUGAAAAUGUUGAUUCUUCCACUGGUUGUCUCAAGCUUAAUGUCUGGACUAGCAGCCUUGGAUGCCAAGACUUCCAGUCGAUUAGGCAUCAUAACAGUCACUUACUAUCUAUGGACAACAUUUGUGGCUGUGAUUGUGGGAAUAAUUAUGGUCUCCAUUAUCCAUCCUGGUGGAGCAGCCCAGAAGGAGAACACAGAAGAGAGUGGAAAGCCAAUUAUGAGCUCUGCAGAUGCACUGCUAGACUUAAUUCGGAACAUGUUCCCAGCCAACCUUGUUGAGGCCACAUUCAAACAGUAUCGCACCAAGAGCAUUCCUAUCGUCAAAUCCAACAAGGCAGCUUCUGAAAGCACCACUCGUCGAUUCAUAAUAUAUGGGGUCCAGGAUGAGAAUGGAUCCAAUGUCCAGAAUUUUGCCCUGGAUAUCACUCCCCCUCCAGAAGUGAUUUACAAAUCUGAGCCAGGCACCAGCGAUGGCAUGAACGUUCUGGGGAUUGUGAUAUUCUCUGCCACCAUGGGUAUAAUGUUGGGCAGAAUGGGUAACAGUGGAGUUCCCUUGGUCAGUUUUUGCCAGUGUUUAAAUGAAUCUGUCAUGAAAAUAGUGGCAGUUGCUGUGUGGUAUUUUCCUUUUGGAAUAGUGUUUCUUAUUGCUGGCAAGAUCUUGGAAAUGGAUGAUCCUACAGCUAUUGGGAAGAAGCUGGGCUUUUAUGCCAUUACUGUGGUUUGUGGCCUGGUGGUUCAUGGACUGUUCAUUCUGCCAAUGAUGUACUUCUUUAUCACUAAGAAAAACCCCAUUGUUUUCAUCAGAGGGAUUCUUCAAGCCUUGCUAAUUGCUCUGGCCACAUCAUCCAGCUCAGCCACAUUGCCUAUAACUUUCAAGUGCUUGUUGGAGAAUAACCAUGUUGACAGAAGGAUUGCCAGAUUUGUGCUGCCUGUUGGGGCCACGAUCAAUAUGGACGGAACUGCCCUAUAUGAAGCGGUGGCAGCAAUCUUUAUUGCUCAAGUAAACAAUUAUGAGCUGGAUUUUGGACAAAUUAUUACUAUAAGUAUCACAGCAACAGCGGCCAGCAUAGGUGCUGCAGGGAUUCCACAAGCUGGCCUUGUGACUAUGGUCAUUGUUCUGACAUCAGUUGGGCUGCCUACAGAUGACAUCACUUUAAUUAUUGCAGUUGACUGGGCAUUAGACAGAUUUAGAACAAUGAUCAAUGUCUUGGGAGAUGCCUUAGCUGCUGGAAUCAUGGCCCAUGUCUGCAGAAAGGAGUUCACCAAGGAUGGGGAUGAGGUGCCACUGAUCUGUGAAACUAAACCCAUCAGCAUUCAUCAAAUCAUGGCUUACCAGAGAAACGGUUGUGUGAAGAACAUGAGUGAGUCUCAUGGACCAGAAACAGUGAAAGCGUUUCAGCACCACAUACCUAUACAAGUGGAGCAAGAACUAAACCCACCGGAAAACCACACAAAGAAAUCCAACAGUAAAGACCACUGCACUAUUGAAAUCAAUGAACUGGAAACAAAUGUGUAAUUGCUACGUCUGAUGGUAUCUGAUACCCAGUGACCUGGUACCCAAUCACUACCUCACAGCUGGAGGGGGGGACUCUCUUAUAUGGGAAAAAAAUGUGGAGUUAUGGUCAGCAUGCUUGUACUGGAGCUAGGAGACUAGCUGUGAUCAGAAAAGAUACAAGGCUUGAAAGAGAUAGGGGGCUUCUUUAGGGGAUGAUUUUAAUACUGGGAAAUUAACCAAUGGACAACUUUGGUUCUCCCUGGGCAAACUGAUUUGAUUCCAAUGUAGUAUCAGACACUCCUUUUUUGCUUAUUUUUUUUUAAUUUAACCCCUUUUUAAUUAUUUCUGACAAAAGCCUUUUUUUGCAUCUCACUAAUUAUGAACAUGGUAUUUAUGUAGAUGUAUUGCUGCCAGGAAUGAAUUUACAAAACAUACUGAAAGCCUACUAAUUUUGUCUUCUCUUCUACUCCUUAAACAAAGUUUACGCUUAGUUUUAGAAUAGCACUAAGAAAAUUGCACUGAUCUCAAGAGGCAAAUCUUUUGUAACGUAUAAUGCCACAAACUGAAAGCAAAGCAAAGCAAGAAAACACAUUUUAAAAGCUAUUCUGUUAUACACACUUCAAAGAUAGGCAUCAAACUGUAAUAUAUUGUUCAGAGAUGUCUAGAUUCUUGCAAAGGACGGUUUGCCUUCUAAGUGCCAGAUCCACAAAGAAUUUUUAAGAAAUCUCUCUCUACAGUAGAAUCAGUACAAUAUACCUGUAAUGGCAGAACCAUGCAAGCCCUAACACAUAAGCACUGGUGCUAAAGAGUGUUCACUGUUCUCUCCUUUUAUUUAUAGACUGUUCCACUGUAUAUGUAUAAGCUCAAUUCUCAAAGCUCUUGACGAAUAUGCUUCAUUCCAAGGGCAGACUAAACACAGACUGGAAUCCAAUGCAGAUGAGUAAUAUUUGGGUUUUGUAGGGAGUUUGCUGUGGAAACUAGCUUUUUAUUUUUCAUUAUACCGGGGGUUGGACUAAACUGAAUGUUGUCCCUUUUUUUAGCCAUCUACUAAAUCUUUGGUUACAAUAAAUUCUGCUGGGUGUGUUACCAAUGUUUGCAAUGAAGAACAUUUUUAAAUAAACCUGACAUUGUGAAAA